UGUUGUGGCCUGUGACGAGGCUUCGAGUCGUGGAUGGACCCAUUAAGGAUGCGCUCCCCAGUGUCGCAGUGAUGGCUGGAGUGUCUAAGGGCACUGACUCACGCUUCUGAGCAGAUGUCUGGACCGGUACCGACACCGGGACCCUUCCUCUGGACACACAGAUGGCAGGUCGUGUAGAAGGAAGCUGGAGGUGUUCGCGCUCUGGAGAAAAGAGGAGGAGAUGUUCAUGGAGACACGCGUCAGGAGGGAUGAGCGCCACCAAACUCUCAUCUUUAGGAAUAUUGCUGCUUUUAAUACACAGUGCGCAGCCUUCCGAGGAUGACAAAAGUCGUGAAUCGUCUGGCUCAGCGGUUUCAUUUCUGGAUGUGGCCACCUCACCAUCCUUUCUUACAAAGGAUGAGAGUCCUUUGUCUGCAGUCCACACAAACUCCACAGGGUUGUCGAAGGGUAACAGAGAACAACCAGCUUUCUCCUCUAUACUCAAUUUGCUGGCCGGGACGGACCAAAUGCUUACGAAACAUCAGCUACCAAAAGUGUCACAUGAGAAUCCUGUCAUAAGUAAUAAUGAAACACAUCAAUUGCUUUCAAACAUAUCUUUGGAGAGAAUUGAGUCUUCAUCUUCUGAACUGGUCAGCAACCAUACCUCCCUAUCAGAGUCCGAGUUGAUGUCAUUGUUGGUCACACCUAGAUCUGCAGACCCUCACGUUAAAGGCAACGAUUCCUUCAUAUACUCCCCAGAGCAGAGAAUCAAAGAUUUCCCCAAAAGAGCAUCAGUCGCAGAUGUGGACACACAACAAGAACGACCUGAGGUCCCUGUCUCUCAACCAUCAGCAUUUACCAGCAAUACCUUUACACCAGCCAGCACUUCCUUUCCGACAACCACAGAGUUAACCAGCACUACCGGUUCAACCAGUGCCAAACGCAACACCAAAACAUCUAACAGAAAUUCAACCUCGCUCUACGAAUCUACAAGGACAAAACACAGAAUCCUGUCCACCUCACAGAGCACAAAGACCACCCCAGCAAGAUACACUGCAGGACCACCAAAAGCUCCUGUUACUGACACCACACCGCUCGGAUGUAACAUCACUGACAGAAUGUGGAUAAAAACAGUGCUGUCCAUACAGUUACGAAGGAGUCGUCUAGACAGUAUUCUGAAGCAGAAUCUCCCUAGAGGACUUACUAAUGCACUGAAGAAGGCCUUGAAUGACAGCAUGGUUCAAGCUAAGGUGGAAAGCAUUUCCAGUGUGCCUAACGUGACUGUUGGAUAUUACGUGACCCAUGGAGGGAUGGUGUACACCGCCUCUGUGGUGGUGGAGGCUCUUAAUCUUUAUGGUUUUGAGAGAUUAAUGGCAGAUAUCCGACAGUUUGUGCCUCUGGUCCAGGCAGUUCCGAUGCCAGCAGCCCGAUGGAGACCCAGUCCUGCCAUCACACACAUGCUGAAGACAGUUCUGAGGUUUGUAGGUCCAGACGAUGACCUCAGAUCCUGUAGGUUUACUCAGAUGAUGGAGCAGAGGCUGGAGAAUGCUUUUGCUGAGGCAGAGGCCAUGGUGCUUAACUCUUACAGCUCUCUCACUGUACAGAUCUUGAGUGCAUCUCAGUCUUCAGGUACUCCUGCUGUAUCUCUGAUCUAUGUGGUUUAUAAUGGAAGCGUCACUCUCAAUGGCACUACAGCCAGUAACCUCCUCAGUCGUUUGACAGCAGAGCUGGUGGGCUACUUCCUGUUUUACCCUCCACUGAUCACUGCAGAGCCUCUGGAGUACCACAACCUCAAUAUCUCUGUAGAAACCAGGCCGUUCUGGGUCAUCACAGUUAUUCAGGAUGUGGAGAACUCAUCUCUUGAGGUACACUACCAGAGCUUCGCAAGUCUGAUGGAGGAGCGUUUGGCUGAGCUCCUCAUGCUGGCCCAUCAGCAAGGCAUUCGUUUCAGAAGAGCAACAACAGUGGACAGUUACACUGUCCAGAUGGUGAGUAUCAGGCGCUUACAAGGUCCAAAAAACCCAGCUGAGAUGACCUACUACGUCCAGCAAAACGGGACCCCACUGCUCGGCACAGCCACAGCCAAGCUCCUUAAUACACUGGACUCGCAGACCAUGGCACUCACGCUGGGCUAUUUUGUCGAACUGCAAGCUGAAGCCGUGGUGAAGAAUCCUCCCAACAAUCUGUGGAUCAUUGCUGCGGUGCUGGCGCCCAUCGGUGUGGUGACCCUCAUUAUAAUCAUCAUUACUACCGUACUGUGUCAUAAAAACAAGAACGAUUUCAAGAGCGAUCCAAUCGGUAGCUUCAACCCUCGAGUCAAGACUGCUUACUGGAGAGACGUGGGUUAUUACCCUCAGCCUGUUCAGGGGUUCGACUAUGCCAAGCAACACCUGGGUCAGCAGGGUGGUGAUGAGGAGAACCUCCAGGUUACCCAGGAGACCAUGAUUCUGCCUCACCCCAUCCGAGAUGCCCCACUGUCCUUAGAUAAGGUCAUACGGCGGGAUGGGUCUGCAUCCAAGAAGAGCUUAGCCAGUGAGAUACGGAAAAGUAGGUUACCGAGUGAGGAUGGCUCUGUCAUCAGCAGCGAAUCACGGAAGGAGGUUUCGGGCAAGGGCUCGAUUGUGCAAAAAGAAACAGCACAGCAGAAACUGACAAAGGAGAAGAGCAGAAAGAAUAAUGUGGCAGAUCAUUAUGAUAGUUCCUCUGGAUCACUUCAGCUCAUUUCCAUUAAACCAAUGACUGCUCCACCCAACUACUCACACCCCGCGUCCUCCGACCGCAGUCAGGACUCGGCCAUAUUCAAUGGAGAGGUGAAUUUGGCUCUGAAACAGAAGUCAGACAUUGAACACUACAGGAAUAAACUGAGGCUGAAGGCAAAAAAGAAGGGUUACUACGACUUCCCGUCUGCUGAAGGGAGAAACAGCUCUAAAGACCUGAGCAAGAGACACAAGUAUAACCGUGACAGACCUCCUCAUCCUCACGGCAGACCUGCAGAGCAGGAAGACGACAGGGGAUCCACGUAUGUGAAACAUCAUAGUAGAGUGUCACAGGUGAAGCAGCCCUCACAGCACAGCAGACAGUCUCUAAACUGUCCCAGUCCUGGAGGAACAGAGAUGGAUCUUCUGGUCAUGAGAGAAAGACCCAGAAAGGGGAUUCGCAACACUGGUUAUGAUACUGAGCCAGAGAUUAUCGCUGAAACUGACGUGGACCAUGUGGAAAGCGGUCAUUAUUACGGUUGUGGUUUACAGAUGAAAGGUCAAUCUGAAACAUCCACGCUGAGCUCUCAACCCUCUAUAGAUGAGGUCCGUCAGCAGAUGCACCUUCUUCUGGAAGAGGCCUUUAGUCUGGCUUCAGCUAGCCGUACGGCCUCCAGCAGACACCAUCAGCAUCCGCCGCUGGGCUCUUAUGGCCUGGGUCCAGUCAUUCCAUACUCUGAGGUGGUAACUAGCGCACCAGGCACCACGUGUCGAGGACAGGGAGAUCUGCAGUGGGUGCCUGCCUAUAGACCAGACUCAUACCAGUACAGCCUGGCCAAACAGGCAUUCAGGUUUACUCAGCUUCCUGACAUGGCUUUAGGGUCUCCUCCACCGCCCAUCCCUCCGAGGACAGGCCCUCCACCUGAACACUCACUGAGAUGGUCAUCCUCUGAACUUGGUUCAAGGGGUCACUGCUCUAGAUCUUCAGCACCGAAUCAGCACAGCAGCGCCGCCUAUAUGCCAGACAGCAGAGCAGCAAUUCCACCUGUCACUACAGAGCUUAUUCCCAACCACUCAGGAAAUCCCAUGACAGCGGUGUAUGCCAUUCCAGCCAGUCGUCCUGGGUACACGGGGUAUUUCAUCUCCACGCCACCCUCCUCCUACCACAGCCCGUCCUGGAUGUCCUACCCUCCUGAACCCGAGGAUGUGCCUCCUCAGUGGGCUGAAUCUAUGCCCUUACCAGGCUACGCAGAGGCCUUUCCUCAUCCCCACUAUCCUCAGGGCAGCCCUCUCCUCUGGCACCAUAGUCAGGCUGUGUCCACUCGGGGUGGUCCCGACCAUCCGCCCUCUUCAUCUACUGCAGCAUCCCAGCAGAGUCUGGCAGAGUCUGGGGAUCGGAUCAGACCUGACGCCCCCCUCAGCAGCCUAUCCACCUCAGCCCUGGUCAAAGCCAUCCGUGAUGAGGUGGCCAAGCUGGCCAAGAAGCAAGCACACAUGUUUGAGUUCCAAGUGUAAAGGUUUCCAGAGGAGCAGACCACAUUUACGCAUUUAGGACUCCUGUAUUAAUCAGACUUUUAAUUAUUAUAUUUCAACGGAUCCUUCUAUUAUCCUUGAAUGAAAUGCCUGUCUGUUGUUUAUACACAUUUUGUGUGAUUCUCUUUUACUCUGGCCAUUGUAAUAUAACAUAACAAUAUAUCGUAUUCAAGAUUUUUUUUUACUGGGACAAUAUGAUAGUCUUAAUAGUUGUUGGUUGUAGUGUUGUGUUUCAUUUAUGAAAGAUAUUGAUUUUUUGAAUUGCAUCAUCAAAUUUCAACAUCAAUGUCCAGCCCAGGUGUGACUGAAGAUAUGUCGUAUUGACUUGAAAUGUCAAAACUUCACUGAAUAGGGGGAUCUAAAAAUCAUAAAAAAGUGGAAGCUAGACACCAGGGGCCGGUUGCACCAGCUGUGCGUAAGUUACAACUCAGCCAAGUUUUGAUUAAGUCACAACUUAUACACUACUAAAUAUUUUUUGGUUGCACCAUUCAACUUGAUGUUACGUAUUAACUAAAUAUUUAUGGAUGCAUUCUGUCAGGAGUAACUAUAGGAAUAAAAAUGCAGACUCACUAACUAACUGAAUAACUAACACUAACUAGCUCUUGUUUCACUCGACAUUCUUCAUUGAUUUACACACAUGAUAAUGCUGACAUUUACCUUUUAAAAUAGAGAACAUUAUGUAAUGACAUUGAAUUUUUGACGCCUCUAACAAGAACCAUCCUAACGCGCCUUCGUAUGUAUCUGCCUGUGUUGUGCACGUCACAAAAUAAUUUUCAUUUUAUUUCAUUGGCGGUUGUCAGUAGAAUGAAAUCACUCAUAUGUCAUGUAAUUUAUUAUUGCGUUAAAUUGGCUGUAUUGUUUUUAAUCAACAUUUGUUUAUAAUAAAAAUAAAUAAAUAUGCUAUUCAUGAUGGGUAGUAAUUAAUAAAAAAUGACCGUUAUUUUAUAAGGUAAAAUAAGUUUAAAUCGAGAAUGUUUGAAAUUCACAACAUUUCAACACAACCUUUCCUCACGAAUUUAAAGGCUGCUUUUGGACUAUUAAAGGUAAACGUCAUAUUAUUCGACUACACCUUACUUUACGAAGAGUUUAGGAACUACUAGCUACGUUCUGCCUGAAGACCAAAUGGUGCAACCAAAUAACAUGCAGAUUUAGUUAGAAACUAGCUAGUAGUUACCAAGCAUCUAGAGUGGACUUUACGUUGACAUCUAAGAAAGAACUUGCGCAUGGCUGGUGCAACCCUACUCAGGCCCUUCAUUUUGUUUUGACCUUUCACUUAUUGGCUACAUUCCCAAAAAAUGUGUUGAAUUGCGAUUCAAAGAAAUUCAACACAGUCCAAAACAAGAAAAAUGGCUUCCUGGAAUAUUUUAAUAAAACCAAACUGGCGUUGACAUUAUGCUCAAUAAUUAUUUUGUAUAGUCUAUAAUGAGUAAAAUGUAUAGCAAUUAGUUCACACAUCUAAUAUUUAUAUAAUAUAUUAUUAACAUGUAUUUUAUUUGAGAUAGUCAGGAAGGGAAAGUGGCUAGAGUGGUCAAAUUCAAAGACUAAACGUCCAUCAGGGCACUGUGUUGCAUUUGGUCAUUUUAUUUAGAUAACUUUGAUUGAUUGUCACCAUUUUUUAUAUUUAGUGUUGAAUCAGAAGGAAUGUGUUAUGGUUUAAUAACUUGGGAUAUACACCAUGUAAUAAUGUUCUGUAAAAGGUGCUAAUGUAGAUGUAAUGCCUCAUCAUCAUCAUCAUCAUCAUGGUUAAAUGUAAAAGAGUUUCAAGCCUAAUAAUGACUUUCUCUUUUACAUUUAUUUUUCACAUUUAACAUAUUGUUUGUUUCACAUAAGGGCUUUUUAUAUUGUAACAUAAAAUGCAUUUGAGAGAGACUCAUCUGUCUUAUACAAUGGAUCUGUUUACUUUAAAGCAGCUUGACUGGCAGUCUGAAAGUCGAUUAUGCAUGAAUUAAGAUUCUGUAUAAAUGAUUUAAAUCUGACGUGUGCUGUUCAAAAUGCACUUUACUCC